UUGAUUGGAAAUUCAGUUCUCACAGUGAACAACACACUUGCUUCUACAAAGGAAUAAUCAAUACUAACUGCUGAAUUGAAACCUAAGCUGACUCCAUUGGUUUUGUAAGAGCUGUAAACCAUUAGGCUGGAAAAGAUAAGACUGUGGGAAAAUAUCCAAAUCCUAAUUGGUAUAAAAACAGUGAACAAGUGAUGGCUUACUGUCUUCUAAAAGCUGCAGGGCAUCAAGAUAAGUUAUGCUGCAGGUUCAAAACGAAGAAUAUGAGAGACUUGUUGAUGAUGAAGUGAGGGGUUUGUCGCCACAGGAUGCGAUUAUACAUAUUUUUUGGAUUCAAAAUGAUACCCAGACCUACUAUUAGAAGAAUAUGCUAGGGCUAUUACUCGUUAGGAUAUCACCUGUGCAUAGGAAGUCCUGUGGUCACAUGUUCUUCAAAGAGUGUUUGAGGUGGCCAUAAGCAACUGGAAGAUCUUUAAAUAAUGUACUUCCUGAAGCUGAAAGAACAACACAGUAUGGGUUCCACCAUAUUCUCACCAGACACUGCAAUGGACCAUUCACAGCUCGGCCCCGAGAUGCUGGUAUAGCACCAGGCAGCUGCAAUCCAGAGGGCCUACUGUAGGACAUCACAUCUGGCUGGGGUGUCCUUCAUCUCCCCUCUCUCAGCUGAAAUGAUGGAUGCCCACGUGGAUCUCCUGACAGAGCUUCAGCUGCUGGAUAAGGUGCCCACUUUGGAGAGGCUGCGGGCAGCCCAGAAACGGAGGGCUCAGCAGCUGAAGAAGUGGGCGCAGUAUGAGAAAGAGAUGCAGCACAAGAAGCGGAAGCAUGAGAAGAAGAGAAACGCUGUUAACCGAAAGAAAGUAUCUUUUGAAGCCAGUGUUGCUCUGCUGGAGGCUUCUCUGAGGAAUGACUUAGAGGAAGUGUGUUACCUACUGAAGAGCAAUAUCAGCCCAGACCUGUGCAAUGAGGAUGGAUUGACUGCACUGCAUCAGUGCUGCAUAGACAACUAUGAAGAGAUAGUCAAGCUUCUCCUCAACCAUGGGGCCAAUGUCAAUGCCAAGGACAAUGAGCUGUGGACUCCGUUGCAUGCAGCAGCUACGUGUGGUCAUAUCAACCUGGUGAAGAUCCUCAUCCAGCAUGGAGCAGACUUAUUGGCAGUAAAUGCAGAUGGCAACAUGCCGUAUGACCUCUGUGAAGAUGAGCCAACCCUUGAUGUCAUUGAGACUUGCAUGGCAUAUCAAGGAAUUACACAGGAAAAAAUCAAUGACAUGCGGGCAGCUCCGGAGCAGGUCAUGAUCUGCGACAUCCAUGAUAUACUUGCAACUGGACAGGACCUGAACAGGACUGAUGCCCAAGGUGCUACGCUGCUCCAUAUAGCCGCAGCCAAUGGUUAUCUGCAUGCAGCUGAAGUCCUUCUUGACCAGGGGGCAAGCCUGGAUGUGAAGGACUGGGAUGGCUGGGAACCUCUCCAUGCUGCUGCUUUUUGGGGCCAGAUGCAAAUGGCUGAGUUGCUUGUAUCCCAUGGGGCCAGUUUGAGUGCCAGGACAUCUUUGGAUGAGAUGCCAAUAGAUCUGUGUGAAGAAGAGGAGUUCAAAGUAUUACUUCUGGAGCUGAAACAUAAACAUGAUGUGAUCAUGAAAUCUCAGAUGAGGCAUAAAUCCUCCCUGAGCCGAAGGACCUCCAGCACUGGCAGCCGGGGGAAGGUGGUGAGGAGGGCCAGCCUUUCGGACCGAACAAACCUGUACAGGAAGGAGUGCGAGAAAGAGGCCAUCGUCUGGCAGCAGAUGGGAGCAGCAGAAGAGCAAAGAAACUCAGGCCUCAUUGGAGAAAUUGGGGAGACUCGGUCCGACCAAGAGAAUACGGACCCCAAUUCAGUGCUGGAGAACUCUUCCUUCCUUCCUGAGUUAGCAAACAAAAGCACCCAGUGCGACUCGGAAAUCCCCCUCCAGAACGGACUCAGGGCGUCUGCCAGCACUUACCAGUACACCUUCUCCAACGGGGACAUUUGGAAUAUGCACACCGACCCCGACAGCAAUCCAGGCCACAUGCUGCCCUACGGCAACCCGGGGCUCCCUGACACGCAGGAGCUCUGGGGUGCCUACAAGGAGCACAGCCAUCAGACGCUCUCCGAACUGAAGCGGCAGCGGGCUGCAGCCAAACUCCUCAAUCACCCUUUCCUCAGCACCCACUUUGGCAGCGGCGUGGGAGGCGUAGCCGAGAAUGGGAGUGAGGCCAAGUCGCACCUGAUCGGAUCCAGGACUUCUCCCUACAGCACCAAUGGGACCUCAGUGUAUUACACAGUGUCCAGUGGUGAUCCGCCCCUCUUGAAAUUCAAAGCUCCCAUGGAGGAAAUGGAAGAGAAGGUGCAUGGGUGCUGCAGAAUUUCCUAGUCUCGCCUGCUACUCACCGCAGAGGAAACCCGACGUGGGCAGGCUGGUUGGAUCUAUCGCAGAGGCCAGGUUGUUUUGUUGUUUGCAUUCCAGGGGGAGAAUUUGGUUACGGACAUCCUGACUGCGGCAGCCUUGUUCAUUUUGAAUUGUACUUUACCCUGCCAGUCACUUCCAUUGCAGUUAAAUGCGUAAUGCAGGUGGAGCAAGGCUCGUAGGAGAGGAGUGGAUGCACACCAGUAUAAUGUGAGAAGAGCCACCCUAGUCUUGCUCCCUGGGGAAGAAGGUACGGUGCACUGCUUCCCAAUCCUUGGAAAGUCAUGAGAUGGCUUGGAAAGAAGAAAUGGCCUGAAUUAAAAUCUUUGCAUCUGAGCCUCUUGCUGUAAGCCAACAAGCUUCUGGAAGGUGACAGUUCAGACCUAAAUUUUCACUCUUGGGUGCAAUGCAGGUAUCCCUGGAAGGGAGAUCAGCGCCCACGCAGGGUUUGCAAGAAUGGACUGAGCCAUUGUCUGUGCAGCUGGAUCCAAAACUUACCAGGGGCUGAGCAAUGAGCAAGUGUAGAUACUGUGCUUGCUUUAGGAAGUUUGCAAGGUGUUGUCUCCUCGCAGUGACAGCUCACCUUCAAAAACCAUGCACUGGCUGGGUCCUGUUCUGCUUAUGUAAACCGGUCACUGCAGACUGUCAUCAGGUUUUAAGCAGAACCCUUUCUGGAACAGGCGCCACGGAACAGGCUUUAAAACUGAUGUUGCAAUAAGGGGCCCUGGCAAUAGAAUUUUACUGCAAUAAAAUACUGACAAAGGUCUAUAUUGGGAUAAGUAAUUUAAAAAACUUAUUUGUACUAUUUAAACUCUUAAUUUGUUAAAACUGGACAGACUUUUGCUGAUCUCACUUUCUAUUGAUUGUUUGUUUACUCUGUAUGCUCAGCACAGACACUUGGAGCAGUGUGCUUUGUGUUCUGAUUCUCUGGCUUGGGAGGGAUGAGGAGAAGGGGCUUGCCUACACUAAUCUAGAAAUGUCAUGAAAGCGUUUCUAAUCUCCCUAGAUUUUAUGAUACUUGUGUUAACCUGCAUUCUUUGGCUGAUAAACAGGUAACUUAAAUUGUUGCUUUGGUGGUUGAACAUUGCAGCAGGGCAAAGACUGGAUUUUUUUUUUUUUUUUAAUUCAGCACGGAAGCUGGAAAAACAUCAGCAGUGGCUAGUGGCUGUCAGAACAAGGUUUGAAGGCCUCUAUAUAUUGCGUAUGUAAGAGAGUCUAACUCCCUUUCUGAGUGAAAGCCAUCACCAAGCACCAUGCAGUAGUCACAAGGCCUCUGCAAGAGAGAGGUCAGCAUGCUAACACCAGUGUUUUAACACAGCUUGCGUUAACCCUCACAGACUGCCUGAAAAAUGCUGUCGUGGUGUAGCAUGGGAUCUUGGCACUGGCUCUUCAGGAAGUCUUUGUAUACAAGAGGGAGGUAAAAGGAGUGUGUCCCUUGGGAGACAGCUCAGAGGAACUGGCUGCAGUUGAGUUAACCAGUUGUUAUCUACAGAAGUAUUUGUAAUUCUUCAAACCCUUUUCUGCACAGAGAAGCCAUUGCACACACAACUAUUUGCCUGCAUGAAUAUGUGUCUUCUUGGGCAGCUUAAAUCCCGUGUUCUGGAAACAUAAGCCCGUUUUGUAUCUAUGUAAGCCAAAUCUUGCCCACAGCAAUGUAGUUGUGCUUCAGCUAAGCAACAGAAAAAUGCAGCUUCCACCUAUCUUUUAGCUGGCAGUUAGACAUCAAUAUUACUUCCACCCAUCUUUUAGCUGGCAACUAGACAUCAAUAUUACACGUUCCUUUGCAGGGAAUUCACAAAUGUAUUUCCUGUCCAGGAAUCCUCACAUCCUUUCCUUUCUUUUCUAGGCCAUAAAAAAUUUAUUUAGGCUAAAAGGGACUGUUAAUUGCCACCCUCCACUCCCCAUCAAGUAGAAAUAUUGUUCCACCCCUAAAGGUCUAGUCAAGGGUGUAAUCAGAGAGAUGGGAACCUGCAGUCCUAUCAGGAAAAGGCAGUGAAGGAGCAAGGAGACCGUUCUCUCCGAAAAGUGUUUCAGGCAGGUCUCUAGAGGGGAAUGCCCUCUCUUUAGUUUAUGUCACAGCUGAGCUUGGCUGUGAAAUUGAGCCUGACUCUGAAGCUGGGUAUCAUGAUGCAGAAAUCUGGGCCCCUCCUUUAAAGCUGCUCCUCCAGGCAGCAGAGAUGAGUAUAUGUCACCACAAAACCCAAGUACUUUUGGAUCUUUGAGGUUGUUACCAGGUUGACAAUUUAUUAUUUCAAACCCAGAGGAUUCAGUUCUCUUCUUUUAUCAGUUUUAGGAACAAAUUAGAAAAUGGUAGCAGCUGGUCAGAUUUUUAAAUCUUCAGUUGAGUUAAAGGCAGGAGUUUCUCUGCAUGUUUUGGAACAUUCAGAGAAAGUGAGCCCUCUCUGACACGUACCUAGGUAGCUUGCUUAACGCCUCUGUCCCAUCUGACUAAUCUCCUGGUUUCUGCUGAUCUGUACAAGUUGCCACUCUGUCCUUCCAUUAUUUGAAUACAUAUAUUAAAUGAAAAUACUUCUUGUAUUUUACUGAACCUCAAGGGAAUUAAAAAGUCACUCUCUAGUUGAAAUAAGUUGGUUUGGUAGCUGGAGACUUUACAGCGUCUAAGGUGGUCUGUGUGUUGUUAAGAGUGGGUCUUGUGACCUUAAAGAAAAUUCUUCUGGGAUAAUAUCAGGUGUAGCCUAGGUGUUGCUGAAUAAGGGAAGAUGAUCUUUUGGAUGCCUCUCUUCUCCCAUGGUGUUGGGGGUAGUCUCUCCAGGUCCUAUCCUAAUGAGAAUUCGGGAGUCAUUGUAGCAACCUUUGGUGCUGCCGUCCACUGGGUCAUAAGCGGUGCAAAAUUUGGGCCCAGCUGAUGCUUUCCCUCCCAGGGAUAGGAGGAGUCAGGCCGUUUUCCUUCUCAGAGCAAUUUUGUGCUAUUAAGUAUAUUGAGUCUUACAUAUCUCCAAGCAAAUGAAGGCAGGCAGUUGAAUGCAAUCAUGUGAGGCAGUUUGAGGCUUGCUUUCCCUGCGAGUAGUUAAUAUGUUAAAGCUGCAUGAAGCCAGUCUGUUUUAGACAAAGAGCUUUCAGUUCAUCAGUAUUUCACUCUCUUUAUUUGUAAAACUCCAGGAAUUCAUUAUUCUAGCUGUGAUCUUGAGCAAAGUAACAAUUGAUUUACGAUCAGGAGAAAGAUGCUACAGGUUCUAGAUUAUAAAAUAUCCCUGUAAUUGGACUGUUAUAUUGUGACUGUAAAAUUGGCAGUAAUACAGCUCUUCUAGCUUUAUCGCUAUAAGCUAAUGUGCUCUAGCGGUGUCUGAUCAAAUGUGAACGAUUCUUACUCAGAAAGGAGAGUCAGUAACUGAUAAAUAUUCCAGGAUAUGUUUCACAGCAAAGACAACUAAUUAUCUACCACUGGCUUUGGGUUGGAAGUUGCAUGCGAUUAGGAUUUCCAAAGAUUGCUGAAGACCACCCAAAAUGGACUGAUGCUUUCCCUGCUUAUGUGUGGGUGACAUUCUGAAUAUAACGGUCACUGCCUGUGGGACAUCGGCAGGUAAUGGUCAGGGAAGGAGUUGACAAUUUAUGGUGCAUGCAGAGUUGUUGGUAGUAGGUCAGGGAGGAGCAAUUCUGUAAAAUGGAUUUAACCUGCCUCUGGUUAAAUAUUUUAUAGAGACAAACAAGCUUUUGGGGGGUAUGAUGAAUGCACAGAUACUCUUACAUGUGCAUUGCAGGAACCUGCAUGUUUGCCUAUUACAAAAUUCAGCACUGUUGUAACUAUAGUGCUUUUCAUAUCCAUGCAUUUCAAACAAGGCCAUCCCAGUGGAAAGUUCUAAGGUAAAUAGCAGAAGGCAGUCGCCUGUUUCACUGGAGCUCUUAAAAUUGCUAAAAAGCUGUGGAAAUUAGAAAAGAUGUGAUUGGCAUAUAUAGCACUUAGAUUAUUAGAGAAAGAUUUGGGCAUUUUAUACUAUACUCAACCUCUCUGUAAAGAUCUCGGUACAGAUUCAAGGUCAGAUCAGAGUCUUGCUUUUAUUAGCUGUUAGCCCAAGAUCGUAGUUGUUCAUCCAGACCCACUCAAAGAUCUGAGAAUUUGGACAUGGUGACUGUUCCCCUGUUAGGCACUGUAGGCAGAUCACCACACAGGAACAACCCUUCUGCUUGAAAAAUCUUCUUAUAUGCUGAAGUCAUAGUGUUUCUAGCAAACUAACUGGUUGAUGAGAGCAGCUUUACUUUCCAUGUUGAAAGACUUUAUUGACAUGCAAAACAGUGUCUCUCAAACUAGUGUCUCUGCUUUACUGAGCUCCACCAAGGAAGUCCCAGCAGUGAAUCCUUAGACAUGGGCUUAAGUACGGUUUCUGGGAUCUGUUUGGCUUCAGACCUACAUCUGUAUUUCACAUACCAAGUGAUGCAAUUUUAGCUCAGUUAGUCUCACUUCUGUGGUGCUCCAGGACCUGAAAGCCUUCUCCAUUUUGGAAAGAACUGCCUCUAGCUGAUGUGAUUGCAUACUGUCUUGUGGGCAUGAUGUCCCGUGGUUGAGAAACUCCUGCUAGGGAAGGAGGAGAAGAGCAUAGCAGGGAAAUAGCAAUGACGAAUCAGUGCAAUACCCAGUAGAUGCAGUGAGUUCUUUAGUAUACUGAACAGGGGGUUAUUUCAUGGGGUUGCAGAUGAGAGCACUUAUCUCCCAAAUUUCCAUUUGGGAGAUUGACUUCUGUGCAGUGUUCUUUUUGAUCUAAUGUUGGACCUUUGUUUCCCUUGUUUCUUCUAAAUGGAAACAAAAUCAGCAAUACUAUGAAAUAGGAAUAUCUUACCAGAGAAAGCAAUGGGACUGGUUUCUAGUGAGCCAUAGUAGAUUAACUGUUGUCUGUUUGCUGGAAGGUGUUCUCCCUCUGGCUGGAUAUAGCAGUGCCUUAUCAUAUUUGCUAAAAAUAGCUCAGUGACUAGUCUCUGAAAUGUUUGUGGUGACUAUACAAUGCUGUUUUGAAUUUUAACAUUACUUUGCAAAGGGAAAACGAUUCACAGCAUGUUCUAUUUUGCAAAUUUUAUUUGCUCUUUCAUUUCUCUCAUGAUCCCACUUCUCUCUUCCUAUGAUACAGAGACAGCAAAUGUACAAAGACUUCAUCCUAAUUUAACAAAUCGCAUCAGCCAGUCUUGUUACAGCAGUUCUCUGCAGGCAGGGUCCAGAGCACGCUAGUAGUAGCAAGAGCCAGCUUGUUACUUGAGAACACAGUUAAUAUUUAGUGGGGUUUUUGUUUGUUUUGUUUUGUCUGUGGCCAUACAAUGGUAGUUCCUGGCUGUUCUUCAGCUUUACAUUUUGGCCAAACUGCAGAUGGACCUGUCAGGCCUCCUGCGUGAUUAGAGUAGGACUGGGAUCUUUCGGCAACAUCCGCCAUGGCAAAAUUAGAACUUGGACUAUCUUGCUGCAUUUCAAGCGUGGAAGCUGUCAUAGAGGAGGCAGUGCUCAAGCCACUGGUUCCCAAGCCUACACCCGUACAAUUAUCUCUACCUGCAGCUGGGGGGAAAAACAUAGGGUUUGGGGGCAAACGCAGCCUUAGUAUAGCCACUUCUGACUCCUCAGCCUAUAGAUUGCAGUGUUCGUUUCCCUGUGAGAGGGGUGAGAAUGAACUGUAGUGUCUAUAACCCUUGUACAGCUAUGUUUGACUGCCGCGGAUCCAGGAUAUUUAAAAGUGGUGGCAAGCCCUCUGCAAUAAUUCAUAAUUCCAUCGAUCGGUAGUAAAUGAUGUACAAAUAAAACUUGAUGAAACGUAUUUUAUGUGAAAAAAUAAUGUAAGAACUGUAUAUUGUAUUAGCAGCUUUGUGUAUAAAAUGGCAUUUUGGCAAUCAGAGUCUAAUAUAUUUAAAAAUUUUUUUAAAAAGGAUAUUUGAUAUUGUAUGGAAUUGACUUUA